GGUCAAUUCUUAUAAAUGAUGAAAUGGUCUUGUGUAUUUUUCUUUCUGGGUUUUGUGUAAAAUCCUCAGAUUUUCAUUGCUUGGCUCUCUGUCAUCAUCUUUUGGAUUCUUCUUCUUCCUCCUCCUCAUAUUUGGGAUAGAGAGCUUUUUCUGGGUUCUUUGCUUAUUUGGUAUAACUUGCUCAGACUUUGCUUUUCUUUCACUCUUUUUGCCAUUUUAAGCUUGUUUGAGAGAAAAAUAUGGUUUUUGAAUCCAUCAAUCACUCAAACCCACCGAAUAUGCAUGUUAUAUUAAUUUUGCAAAGUCUUUGAGGGCUUCUUCGUUUUCUUUCCAUUUUUGUCAAGAAGGCCAAUUUCUUAAGACUCACUUAUUACCUUUUUGACUCUUCUCUCUCUAUCUCUCUCACCUUGCUUGUUUUUUUUUUCUCCACUGUUUUUAUCUCUCAUUUUGUGGUCUCAUUAGUUCCUUAAUUGAACACAUAUUCUACCAUACACAGAUUGCUUCAGUACCCAUUUGAAUUUGAAGAAAAUCUCGUCAUCUUCUACCUGAUCUCACUCUCUCAAGAACUUGCUGGGUUCAUUUUCCCAAAUUGGUAAAAAUGGUGAGAGGCAAAACCCAGAUGAGGCGGAUAGAGAACGCCACGAGCCGUCAAGUCACCUUCUCGAAGCGACGCAGCGGUCUUCUGAAGAAGGCUUUUGAGCUCUCCAUUCUCUGCGAUGCCGAGGUUGCGCUCAUAAUCUUCUCUCCCAGAGGAAAGCUCUACGAAUUCGCAAGCUCGAGCAUGCAGGAAACUAUAGAACGUUAUGAGAAACAUACAAGAGACAACCAAGCCAAUAACAAAGUUGCUAUCAGUGAACAAAAUGUGCAGCAGCUCAAGCAUGAAGCAACUAGCAUGAUGAAGCAGAUAGAGCAUCUUGAAGUUUCGAAACGGAAACUAUUGGGAGAGAGUCUAGGACUAUGCACCAUUGAAGAACUGCAAGAAGUAGAGCAACAGUUGGAGAGGAGUGUGAACACCAUUCGAGCAAGGAAGGCACAGGUUUUCAAGGAACAGAUUGAGCAACUGAAAGAAAAGGAAAGAAUCCUCACAGCUGAAAAUGAGAGGCUAACUGAGAAGUGUGAUGCUUUGCAACAGAGGCAACCAGUAAUCGAGCAGAGAGAGCACUUAGCCUACAAUGAAAGUAGUACGAGUUCAGAUGUUGAGACUGAAUUGUUCAUUGGACUGCCAGAAAGGAGAUCGAAGCACUAGCUUUCCCCCUUGUCAGAGAACUGCUCUUGUUAAUACUCUAUCCAAGCCAAGGCUGAUCAGCAGAAACAUAAAAUGCUUUGUCUGUUGCAGAUUGUUAUGUGAUUCUGUAUUACAUUCUUGCUCCACUGUUUUAUAGAGCAUUCCAAGGUAUUAAGACUAUAGUUUUAUUCUAAUUAGUUGUGAUUUUGUAUGACUAAAAAAUAUACUAUUGCACUGCUUCUUCAACGUGUGUCUCAAGUUCAAUUGAAAUUUCAACGAACUUGUAUAACUUGUAUACGAUUGGCUUAAAUGGUCAUGAGUUAAUUAUGACCCUGUAUCUUUGGGAUCUCAUUGUUCAUUUAAAGUAUAUUCUUCCCAGC